GCGGAGGCGCGGGGAGCGUGUUUGGGGCGCCGCGGCGGGGAGCGUGGCGGCCGCCGGUGCGCGCGGGGCGCUGUGUGUGCGCGCUCCCCCGCUCGGGGAGGACGAUGGCUCAGAAGGGAAAGUUGGGGUGACGCGCGCAGCCCCCGGAGGCUCGGCGGGAAGCGCCGCGGCGAGCCCGACGGAGCGGCGGCCAGACAGGCCGGGGACGCGCGGUGUGGGCACCGCCGCCGCCGCCGAGGCGCCCGCCCCCUCACUGCAGGUGGCAGCGGGGCCGCUGGGUCCGGGUGGCCGGGCGCGCGGACGGGCGCGCGGGGGAGCCCGGCCGCGGGAUGGGCUGCGCCCCCAGUAUCCACGUCUCGCAGAGCGGCGUGAUCUACUGCCGGGACUCGGACGAGUCCAACUCGCCGCGCCAGACCACCAGCGUGUCGCAGGGCUCCGCGGUCCCCCUGCACGGCCUCUUCGUCCAGACCGACGCCGCCGACGCCAUCGCCCCGAGCCGCGCGUCCAGAGCCCACGGCGCCGCCCGCGUCCGCCGGGCCCGCGUGGAGCUGGGCAGCAGCAGCAGUGCGGACUCUGCAGCCUCCGCCGCGACCACCUGCAGGGGCCGGAGGCGCCACUGCUGCAGCAGCGCGGAGGCCGAGACCCAGACCAGCUACGCCAGCGUCAAGCAGGUGACUUCUGCGGAGGUACGCAUUGGGCCCAUGAGACUGACGCAGGAUCCCAUUCAGGUUUUGCUGAUCUUUGCAAAGGAAGAUAGUCAAAGUGAUGGAUUCUGGUGGGCCUGUGACAGAGCCGGUUAUAGAUGCAAUAUUACUCGGACUCCGGAGUCAGCUCUUGAGUGCUUUCUAGAUAAACACCAUGAGAUUAUUGUAAUAGAUCACAGACAAACUCGAAAUUUUGAUGCAGAAGCAGUGUGCAGGUCGAUCCGGGCCACAAAUCCCUCGGAGCACACGGUGAUCCUUGCGGUGGUUUCACAAGUGUUGGGUGACCAUGAAGAGGCCACAGUUCUUCCUCUUCUGCAUGCAGGCUUCAACAGGAGAUUUAUGGAGAAUAGCAGCAUAACUGCUUGCUACAAUGAACUGAUUCAAAUAGAACAUGGGGAAGUUCGAUCACAGUUCAAAUUGCGGGCCUGUAACUCAGUGUUCACAGCAUUAGACCACUGUCAUGAGGCCAUAGAAAUCACAAGUGAUGACCAUGUGAUUCAGUAUGUAAACCCAGCCUUCGAAAGGAUGAUGGGCUACCACAAAGGCGAGCUCCUGGGGAAAGAACUCGCCGAGCUGCCCAAAAGCGAUAAGAACCGGGCAGACCUUCUUGACACCAUCAACACAUGCAUCAGGAAGGGCAAGGAGUGGCAGGGGGUUUACUACGCCAGACGGAAAUCUGGGGACAGCAUCCAACAGCACGUGAAGAUCACCCCAGUGAUUGGCCAAGGAGGGAAAAUAAGGCAUUUUGUUUCCCUCAAGAAACUGUGCUGUACCACUGACCAUAAUAAGCAGAUUCACAAGUUUCAUCGCGAUUCAGGAGACAAUUCUCAGACAGAGCCUCAUUCAUGCAGGUACAAGAACAGGAGGAAAGAAUCCAUUGAUGUGAAAUCAAUAUCGUCUCGAAGCAGUGAUGCACCGAGCCUGCAGAAUCGUCGCUGUCCGUCCACGGCCAGGAUCCACUCCAUGACCAUCGAGGCCCCCAUCACAAAGGUUAUAAAUAUAAUCAAUGCAGCCCAAGAAAACAGCCCCGUCACAGUAGCAGAAGCCUUGGACAGAGUUCUAGAAAUUUUACGGACCACAGAAUUAUACUCCCCACAGCUGGGUACCAGAGAUGAAGAUCCUCACACCAGUGAUCUUGUUGGAGGCUUGAUGACUGAUGGCUUGAGAAGGUUGUCAGGAAAUGAGUAUGUGUUCACUAAGAAUGUGCACCAGAGUCACAGUCACCUUACAAUGCCAAUAACCAUCAACGAUGUCCCCCCUUGUAUUGCUCAAUUACUUGAUAACGAGGAAAGUUGGGAGUUCAACAUCUUUGAAUUGGAAGCUGUUACACAUAAAAGGCCAUUGGUUUACCUGGGCUUAAAGGUCUUUUCUCGGUUUGGAGUAUGUGAAUUUUUACACUGUUCUGAAGCUACUCUUCGGGCCUGGCUCCAAGUGAUUGAAGCCAACUACCAUCCGUCCAAUGCUUACCAUAACUCCACCCACGCGGCUGACGUCCUGCAUGCCACAGCCUUCUUCCUUGGCAAGGAGAGAGUGAAGGGAAGCCUUGGCCAGCUGGACGAGGUGGCAGCCCUGAUCGCUGCCACCGUCCAUGACGUGGAUCACCCGGGAAGGACCAACUCUUUCCUGUGCAAUGCCGGCAGUGAGCUCGCCGUGCUCUACAAUGACACCGCUGUCCUGGAGAGCCACCACACAGCCCUGGCCUUCCAGCUCACAGUCAAGGACAGCAAAUGCAACAUUUUCAGGAACAUCGACAGGAACCAUUAUCGAACACUGCGCCAGGCUAUUAUUGACAUGGUUUUAGCAACAGAGAUGACAAAACACUUUGAACAUGUGAACAAAUUUGUGAACAGCAUCAAUAAGCCAAUGGCAGCUGAGAUUGAGGGCAGUGACUGUGAAUGCAACCCUAUUGGGAAGAAUUUUCCUGAAAACCAGAUCCUGAUCAAGCGCAUGAUGAUUAAGUGUGCUGAUGUGGCCAACCCGUGCCGGCCCCUGGACCUGUGCAUCGAGUGGGCUGGGAGGAUCUCUGAGGAGUAUUUUGCACAGACUGAUGAAGAGAAGAGACAGGGGCUACCUGUGGUGAUGCCAGUGUUUGACCGGAAUACCUGUAGCAUCCCCAAAUCCCAAAUCUCCUUCAUUGACUACUUCAUAACAGACAUGUUCGAUGCUUGGGAUGCCUUUGCACAUCUGCCAGCCCUGAUGCACCAUCUGGCCGAUAACUACAAACACUGGAAGACAUUAGAUGACCUAAAGUGCAAAAGCCUGAGGCUUCCAUCUGACAGCUAAAGCCAAGGCAGAGAAGGGACCUCUUGAUCUACAAAGCGCACUGUGAACCACAGUAGUGUAAGCAAGAGGCUUUCCUUAAUAAUGAAAAGGACAGAUAUAGGUUAAGGAGCUAAUGUUUAAUAUUUGUCCUUGAAGUCCCCAAAUUCCAUUUUUAAGAAGUUAUGUUCCAUGAAGAAAAAUAAGUUCUUUUGAACAAUCAGUUAGUGACAGAACAAAUCCAUGGAAAAAUCCUUUGCCCUGCUGUCAUCCUGUGUGUCCACCUCAAACCACAGAACCGAUCCACUACAGCAGGACACCAGCAGCAGACUGGUGUCUCUGGGCUCAUCUCUUACCAUAAACGUCACCAUCAUUGGUAACUGUUUUCUUCAAGAGCAUUGGUGUGUAGGGCUCAUAAAAAUAUCUAAGGAAAAAACUAUAUAAAAUGAGCAAAACAACUGGGACCAAAUUAUUGUUAAAUGAGAGCUUCACAGCCUCCGUGGUGGCUCUUCUGAUUGAUGGUGUGACACCCAAGUUAGAACACAGCCUUGGCCCAGUGAGUGCCUUCUCUAGACUGGCAGCAGCAGCCUCUACCGCCCUCUUUCCUAUAAAAGGGAUUCUUAACAGAGAGCCAUCCAUGAUUGGGGGAGGGAGUGACAUCUUGUUUGGUGGGGAAA